UAAAAAUGACUUGAUAAGGGGAGAUGCUAGUUUUUAUCGUCGCAGCCAUCGCACAGGUGUCCCCUUAUCAGAAAAUUCCGUGAUUUCGCUGCUAUUGAACGAAUUGGAAUUGGAGUAAUAGGAAUCGAGUCCGGUGAUAAUAAUUCGGGGUAUUUGUUGUGGAUGGCGCUCUAAGUGGGUAAAAAACAGUAGCGCAACUGGCGCAACGAUAGAAUUGCAAGGAGCAGGCGCCCGUCUAUUGAUUCUUAGGUUGAGUAGAGCCGUCGUCGACCCGACCACGGAUUGCCAAUAAGGUGGGGCUCCUGUCAUGCUGCACGAGCUCUCGUGUCCGUCGAGUCUGGUGGCUCAUUAAGUUCUCGCGACCUACGCCGUCUCCUCUCACGUUUUCUGGCCCCCGGAGUUUCCGGUGCGGUGUAUGGCUUGUCGGCCUCAGAGUUACUUGGAGAGAAUUUAAGUGCCCAUUCGACCUGAUGAUUGGCUCAUUCUGGAACUUGUGCAGAGCUUGCCCGUCGAUGCCUGUCGAUAAGCUGCACUCCGAGUACCGGAGUACUUACCGAUGGCACGAGUACACGGGGCCCAGGCAGGAGGUCGUGCGGAGGCCACCGCAGCCCAACGCCGCUCCGAACGCCGGCGACACUCAGCACUCCUCCAAGGAGGAUGAGGUGCAUAAUGAGCUGCCCAAGCUGGAACCGGCGAUGCCUAGGAGGAAGAAGUAUCCCGACUUGGCCUACCGCCACCACGAGUUUCUGAUCAGUGAUGGCGAAAUCACCGCGAAUGGGGUGUGCAACACGGAACCUAGGGCUCGGUCGGAGGAGCGUGGGGCGCACUGGAGGCCUUCCCGGCGGAGCAAGUCGGAGGGACCGCGUGGCGGCGGCGGCCACGGGGACGGCAUGCGGGAGCGGGAGCGGCGUAGGGAAUCGGACCCGGAUUUGGAGAACAUGGGACGCGAAACUGGGCUUCUCCGGAAGGCCAUUUCAAAAAUUAGCACUGAAUACAGACUGCAAUUCGCUUGGCCUCAGGGCCAUACUUCACGUAGAGAUGCCGUCGAUUCCUCGGCACCUCGCAAAUCCCAAUCGAUGGGAGCGCUAAAACCGGCCACCAAUGCAAUGGUGCACAAAAAACGCAUCGAUUUGGAAAAUAAGGAUGCCAGUGAACUCGAACCAUUAGUCGAUGAAAGAAACACACGUGAAGACAAGACUCACAUAUUCAAGGAUGAAUUCAAUUCCGAAUACAAGAAGAACUUCAGACCUUUCUCCCAGUAUGAAUACUCGGAAGGACGCUUCACCAAACGGGGAGCUCCCGUCGAUGACACCGAUAACUCGGCCGGACAAAACUCGCUACCGCCUCAAUGCGAGAAGAACGACUCUUGGUACAGGGAAGUCGUCGAAUUGCGAAAAAAGGCAGGAGAAUAUAAGCACCGCGGUUGGGGUAGUGAACUUGCUCCAGAUAGGCUUUCUGAUAUAUACAAUAAGCAAGUUGAACUUUGGGAUCAAGUUUCACGGAGAAGUUCUCUAUCAGCCUUAUCUCUCGCUUCCAUGACACACAAGUCUUAUACAAAAGAAGAGAAGGAAGUAGAUAAUAACAACAAGACUUCUCCAUCGAAAGCGGCUCGCAAUGCUGAAAACUCAGCUCGAAUUGUACGAGAUAUGAUCAGACAUCAUUUAGAACGAACAACUGGUGGUUCAGAAUUUGACGGUUUGAUUCUGUCGCCGACUAGAGAGAAACUCGAACCGACUAUACCACGCAAAGAUGAUGAUUCGAGAAGUUCGCAAAAGAACAGCCCCAAGAAACACUCGCCGAUGAAAUCAUCAUCUUUGAAGCGACAUAACCAGAAAGCCCCCAAAAGCGGUCCUAAGAACCUACGUUCCCAGUCUGUUGGUCCUGUGACUGAUACGACUGAAAAACGGUCACCAAAGCGCCAGUCACGGUCUGCCACCGUCAAAGAGCGAAAAUCUUCGGCAAAUCAAGCUAGCAUCAAAAGACCUCGACCUUCAUCCUUGAACACUACUGUCUCAUCCCGAUCUAAACAUAGCUCGGUACCCUCUAAAACCGAAGACGACAGAUUGGCCAAAGCUAAUUCAAAAUCUAACACUAAGCAAAAACUAGGCACUAAACAGUUAGAAAAAGGAAAUUCUGGAGCCGACCCACCCAAGACCGAAGCUAACGAAGAAGUGAAGAACGCCCCAGUCGAAGCACCCGAAAUAAUCGAUUACGAGCCGGUGGUAAAGUCGCCGCCGGAACCGACUAGGGUGAAAUCUCCCGAACAAAUUCUGAUGCGUUCCCCGGAUCCUGUCAACUGGACUGUGCCACUCGACACCGGAAAAACUUUUACUGUCACACAAAACGUCAGGGAGGGGGAUAUGAGUAGUCGACCCCAUAGCGAAGUGAAAGCCUGGACUCCCCCAGACGUGCCCCUUCCCAUCGCCCAGUCUGCUCCUCCGACUCUUGAUCAAAAUAAGGAACAAGGUAUGGAUUUAGCAGUGAAAGCAUGAACUCGGGCCAGGGCAGAGUCAUCGCUGCACAGCUGAGAGACCUCCAACCAACGGUAGAGCAUCUAAGGCCACGUUCCAUCGCAGAUGCAUCUUUCAACAGGGUAGUAGCCAGAAAGUGUCGGAAUGGCCACGGUUUUGUAACUCCGUGGUGUAUGUUCGCAAGGACUGAACAAGGGACAUACACCACGGCUUCGCGCCAUUUGCUGAACCUUAUUUGAGCCGUUUGCCCAGCUUUACCUUUGUAAUCAACUGCUUAUGUUCCAUGCCAUCCGUUUACAAAUCCGUCAAGGUGCCACAUUUCGUUCGAAAUUAUGGACGUCCCCUUUAUACAAAAAUUUGUGAUCUCUAAUCAGUGCACUCGUGUUUUCUGCCACAAGGAAGUCAGACGAAACUAUCUAUGGUUGACAUAUAUUCAUAUAUUUUGUGUAGAUGCGUUUGCUUGCCAACUCUCUGGUUAAUUUAGUGACAUCGAACGCACUUAUGUUAUUUAUUAUUAAUCAUACAGUAAAGAGUUAUAUAAAAGUUUCUGUUA